GCGGCAGCUCGGCUAGGGAGCCGCCGCUCCGGGAGUCUUUGCACGCCUGCUCUCACAGCUUCUCAGCCUCGCUCACUCUCACCAUGGUGGACGCCUUCGUGGGAACCUGGAAGCUGGUGGACAGCAAGAAUUUCGAUGACUACAUGAAGUCAAUCGGUGUGGGUUUUGCUACCAGGCAAGUGGCCAACAUGACCAAGCCUACCACGAUCAUCGAAAAGAACGGAGACAUCAUCACCCUGAAAACACACAGCACCUUCAAGAACACGGAGAUCAGCUUUCAGAUUGGGGUGGAGUUCGAUGAGACAACAGCAGAUGACAGGAAGGUCAAGUCCCUUGUGACACUGGAUGGAGGCAAACUUGUCCACCUGCAGAAGUGGGAUGGCCAGGAGACAACGCUUGUGCGGGAGCUCAGUGACGGGAAACUCAUCCUGACGCUCACCCACGGCAGUACAGUUAGCACGCGCACUUACGAGAAAGAAGCAUGACCUGCCCGCACCGUCACUGACUGCUCCUCUGCCAGCCGGCUACCCCUCAACUCAGCACCACAUUGCCUCAUUUUUUUCCUCUCGUGUUUUGUAUAAAUCUGCCUUAGUUGGGGUCAGGUGGCAUCAGCCUGGAUCCAGUUCCAGUUCUCAUUGUGUAUGUGGCUUCUUUUUUUAACUGCAUCCAAAGGGUGCUCUGAGGUCAAUAAAGCAGAGCUAAGGCCA